AUGGGUUCAGUCUUUUUACCUCAUUUGAGGACAGGGUGGCACGUUGACCAAGCAAUCUUAUCUGAAGAUGAUCGAGUUGUUGUAAUUCGAUUUGGGCGCGAAGAAGAAACUCAAUGUAUGAUAAUAGACGAAAUAUUGUUUCUGAUAUCAGAGAAGAUCAAGAACUUUGCUAUCGUAUACCUUGUUAAUCUAGAUAAAGUGCCUGACUUUAACCAGAUGUACGAGUUGGAUCAAAAUAAACGAGAACCAUAUACUUUGAUGUUUUUUUAUAGAAAUAAGCAUAUGUUGUGUGAUUUCGGUACGGGAAAUAAUAAUAAAUUGAACUUUCCAAUUUAUGACAAACAAGAAUUGAUUGACAUUAUAGAAACAAUUUAUAGAGGGGCUAGAAAAGGUAAAGGUUUAGUAAUGAGUCCCAAGGAUUACAGUAGAGUUGCAAAGAAUAUAUAG